AUGCCGUCACCAGUCCCUGUCGCCACUCGACCAAUUGACAAGCCCUCCGUGGGCCGAAAUAAUUACCAACCCUUCGGAUUUCGUGAGGAAGUGCUUCCUGCGGGUUGGAGUCAGAAUGGCUCCAGGCCACUACCCUGUGACAUCCAUGCAUCUCAUGACGUAGGAGUCAAGGUUCGUGAUGGGAGCACUUUAUACUGCGACAUCUACCGUCCUGCCAACACUACAAAACCCGUGCCCGCCAUCCUAGCCUGGAGUCCAUUUGGCAAGAAGUUCAAUGGUAUUUCCAUGCUAAAGUUCCUACCGUGGGGCCUCGGGAUACCCAGUGGGGUACUCAGUGGUCUGGAGAAAUUUGAGGGCCCGGACCCUGCUGAUUUUGUUCCUCGUGGAUUCGCCAUCAUCAAUGUCGAUGCUCGCGGAUCCGGUGACUCUGAAGGCACGGUGGGGAUUAUGGGUACGCAGGAGGCUGAGGAUGGAUACGAUGUAAUCGAGGCCGUGGCCAAGAUGCCGUGGUGCAACGGGAGUGUCGGCUUGGCUGGUAACUCUCAUUUGGCCAUUGUUCAGUGGUUCAUCGCCGCAUUGCAGCCGCCUUCUCUGAAGGCAAUUGCUCCCUGGGAGGCUUGUGGCGACUUGUACCGUGAACAGUUUGUCAGAGGCGGAGUGUUUGACGCCGGGUUAUUCGACUUUAUUAUCGACACUAAUAUUCAGGGACACGGUGGGGUGGAGGACUUCCACGAAAUGUAUCGGCGCUACCCCAAAGCCGACGCCUUGUAUUGGAAAGACAAACGACCGGACAUUGCCAAGAUUAACAUUCCCACCUAUAUCACCGCGUCCUACACAAGCUUUGUACAUACCAUGGGUUCAUUGCGGGGCUGGUUGCAGGUGAAAUCUUCACACAAAUGGCUUCGUCUGUGUCCAUGGCAGGAAUGGUACGACAUUUGGAAUUGCAAGGACUCCGCCGAUGACCUUGCAAGGUUCUUCGAUCGUUACCUAAAUGGCGUUGACAACGACUGGGAGAAGACUCCAAAGGUCCGGACCACCAUCCUACGAUUUAACCAAGAGCCACUGUAUAAUAUUGCCGAAGAGGAUUACCCCAUCCCACGCACCGACUACCGGAAAAUGUAUUUCCACCCUGGUGGGCGUCUGAGCGUCGAUAUACCGGAGGCAGAAGCAUCAGUCUCUUAUAAUUCGGAAAAGUACUUGGACUGCGCCAGCUUCACGCACACAUUCGAUACCCGGACACGGUUAGCAGGUGUUCCAAAAGCAGUCGUGUACAUGUCAUGCCCCGACUUCCAUGAUAUGGACGUGUAUGUGCUUGUGCGCAAGUUGGAUGCCAAUGGGAAAGCUCUGCUGAAUCUCAACAUUCCCUGGUCAUCGAUUGCACACCACGGGGUCAGUCAAGAUAACAUCGAUGACAUACCCGCUCGAAAUAAGAACAAUCUGAUGUUCCAUGUUGGAUCAUUAGGUAUCCUUCGUGCGUCGCGCCGAGCCAUUGACAGUUCCCGGUCCUUGCUCGAGAAUUACCCCUUCCAUCCACAUGACCGUGAUGAAUAUAUCACACCGGGUGAUAUAGUAAAGUUGGAGAUCGGCAUAUGGGCUAUGGGUGUGGAGUACGAGGCUGGCGAAAGUAUACAGGUGCAGGUACAUGGGAAUAGCCCGCUGUUGCGCGGUGAGUUCAAGGAAGACAACGAGUUCCAAGAGCUUGCAUCGCAUGGGACUCACACCCUUCAUCUUGGCCCCGACUACCCUUCGUGUAUUAUUUUACCUUUUGUUUGA